AUGACAACAACAUCAACUUCAGCCUCAACCCCAGCCUGGAUCUCAGCGUCCCAACUCAGAACAUACGCUACAAGCACAAGCACAGCAACAGCAACAGCAGACAAUCUAAUCGAAGAACUCCAAGACCUCUACGAAAUCGCCAAAGACGAAUUCGAAAUCGCAACCGAUUCCACAGACGGCUCAACGAUCUACGCCGCCUCAGACCGGGAGUCAGCGCGCGACGCGCUGAAUCAACUCGUCACAGUUUAUGAACUUUAUACCGGGGCCAAGGUUGCGAAGACACAUGCUGAUGGGGAUGGUGGUGCCGCUGCCGCUGCCGCGGGUGAGAGCGGGGCUGAGGCAGGUGUUGUUGAGACGAAUUUUGAUCCGGAGGGGGUUAGUGAGGAGGUUAGGGGGGGAGGUUAG